AUGUCGAAAAGAAAGAGAAAAGUAUUUGAUAUAAAAGAAAAGGCUCAUAUAAUUUGGCGUUUAGAAAGUGGAGAAACUAAUAACGGUAUUGCUAAAGAAUAUGCUGUAUCACAUUCGACAAUUUCCACGAUUUGGAAGGAUAAGGAGCGGAUAAAAAAGACGUUUGAAGAAAACAACUUGAAGAUUAAACGAGCCAGAACAACUGAACACAACGAUAUUGAUCAAGCGUUGCUAAAAUGGUUUAAACAUCAAAGGUCUAAUAAUAUACCUAUCAGUGGACCUAUUUUACAAGAGAAGACAAACGAUUUUGCCCGUCAAUUAGGUAAAGAGAAUUUCAAGUGUAGUUCUUCGUGGGUGCAACGUUUUCGUCUUCGACACAGCAUAGUUAGUGGAAAAAUCAGUGGUGAAGCGGCUGAUGUGCCUAUUGGAACCAAAGAAGAGUGGUUGUCACAAAAGUGGCCUAUUUUGUGUCAAGGUUAUAAACCAGAAGACAUUUUCAACGCAGAUGAAUUGGGCUUAUUUUAUAAUAUGACUCCUGAUAAAACGCUCAAGUUUAAAGGUGAUAAGUGUACAGGUGGAAAACUAUCUAAAAGGAGAAUUACUGUUAUGGCUGCUGCAAAUAUGACAGGAUCAUAUUAUGAAAACAAUAAUAAAUCGUGGAUGACAUCAAAAAUUUUCGAAAAAUGGCUCCGGAAUUGGGAUUCUCAAUUACAAUUGCAAAAGAGAAAAAUUCUUCUUGUGGUAGAUAAUUGUCCUGCACAUUGCUUAGUUGAAAAUUUAGAAUAUAUCAAGGUCGUAUUUUUACCGCCUAACAUAACGUCUGUUUUGCAACCUUUGGACCAAGGAGUGAUUAAAUCUCUGAAAAUGCACUAUAGAAAACUGCUAGUAAUAAAUUUACUACAGCGUAUUGAAAAAAAGGAAGAAGAAAAGUUUACAAUUCUAGACGCGAUUUUUAUGAUCUCACAAGCGUGGCAAAAUGUUACUCAACGGACCAUCGCCAACUGUUUUAAGCACGCUGGAUUUAUAGAUCCUUCUGUAUGUACUCUUAUUGAUAAAGAUGAAAUUUCACCAGCAAGUGAAAAAGAUAACGUGUCUCUACUGCAGUUAGGACAAGCACUUACGCCACCUCUGACAGCUUUGGAUGUUGAAGAAUUCCUCCAGGUAGACAACAACAUAGCAGUCUGUUCAUCACUAAGUGAUCAGGAAAUUUUAGAAGAGAUUAAAAACUUGGACACGGUGAUCGAGGACCACGACGAACUAGAAAAUGAAGAAGGAAACUUUGUAAUACCGACAAUCAGUGGAGCACUAUCUGCUAUUACAGUCUUACAAAAAUUUGUGCUUGGAAAAGAAGAAUAUUGUUUAAGCAAUAAUAAUGAAUCGUUGAAUAAAAUGUCUCAGCAAAUUCAGCAGUACGACGCACAGUUUCACUCAUUUUAUAUUUUUAAUGAUUGA